GCACUUAGGGGAUUUAGUCAUUUGAGGAGUGGUGUAUGUAUAGUUUCAUGUAAUUUAGUGGGUUUGGUUAUUUUAACACGGUAACGUUUUGAGGAAAACUAACGGAUUUGUUUUAUAUGUGUUUGGAUGACGUCAGAAAACAGGCGCUUUUAGAACCCGAUAUGAUAUCAGUUCUGACAAUGGACGAGUUGGAACUGAUUAAGGUAGAUUUAGAUUAUAUUAAGAACCUGCCGGCUCCCCCACAGGCCAUCAAAGACACCAUGGAGGCGGUCACCCUUCUCCUAGGCUACCCCCCAAGGCAGGCUCGUAACUGGAGCUUUAUACGACAGCUGUGCAACAGAGGGCCUCUUCUGAACAAAAUGCAUGAAUUCCAGUGUGAGGAGGUGAAUCUGAACUUAGCAAAGAAAGCUAGAAAUAUUCUGUCUCUUUAUGACCGGAAUAUGAUCAUGUCAAAGAGCUGCGCCGCAGUCAGUGUGUUUAUCUGGGCAGAAAGUACCAUGACAGAAGUAGAUGCUUAUUUGGACGCAAGGAUGGAAUUAAUAAAAGGAAGAAAAAUACCAUAAAAAAACAAACAAACAGCGGAGAAGUGUUUGGAAAUUGUCUACAAGCAAUCUCGAACUAUUCUAGUCAUGUUGAUAUUUGGAGCUGUUGUCUUGAGACUUACUUUGUACAACUAUUCUGUUGUUUUCUUUUCUUCAGGGGAUGGCAUCUCUAAAUUGGAAUUUUAUCAUGUAAAAAAUAUAUUAAUUAAACUAUCAGUUCCUUUGGAUGAGAAGAAAACUGAAUGCAAUGUUUUGACAUUAGUAGUGAAUGUUCCUUUGCCAAGCACUUGUGGCAUUAGAAGUGAAAGGCACUGGCCUUUCGGAAAUGACCUUCAGAACGUUACUAUCAUCAUUCAUUUCCGUUACUAUCAUCCUAGCUGGGUUUUUUUAACGACGAAUUUUCUGUUGAUAUGAGCCGUAUAAAAGAUAAAAUAACA